GUUAACAGUAACAACACAAGAAGUCAGUCGACAGUUGACACUGAAACGCACGCGAAUCGAAAUGUAUGUGAAAGUGCAACACGAAAAUCUGUGAAAAGUUGUGAAAAUUUUUUUUUGCCUUGUAAAUUUUUUAAAUUCACAAAAAAUGUCUUCAAACACAUAUUUCACCGUAUUCCUCUUCUUAAUAAUCCUAGAAACCAGUGUUAGUGAUAAACACAUCAACAGGACUCACUUAAAAAAAGACACGACGCCAAUAGGCGGGUUUUCUAACUGUGGCGGGUGCAAAAUGCGCGAAGAAUUAAAACAACGUAAUUUAGAAGUCAUCAAGGCAGAAUUACUGAAAAAAAUGGGUUUCACGCAUCCCCCAAAUAUGACAGGGAAAAUUCUGCCUGAUAUCCCUCCACAUAUUCUGCAAGAUUUCGAAAUGCAAUCCGAUGAACCUGAAUUUAAAACAGGCGUCUCAGUACAUGAAGAAGAAGAUGAAUAUCACGUCAAAACCCAAAAAGUCUUAACCUUCGCCAAACCAUAUCCAAAAUUAAGGCACAACAUGAAGCAACACGAGAUUCUGCACUUCACGUUUAGCGAUUCGGUGACGAAAUUCCACGUUGCCAACGCCACGCUCUUCGUUUUUAUCAAGGGGGCGGAAAGGCGCCCUCUACCGGACGUCCACAUUGAAGUUUUUAAGGUUAACAAAGUCCCUGAUCAUUCUGAAAAAAUGCCCGACCUAAAAAAGGUUUACAACAAAAAAAUCACGCAGCCUUACAACAGAGGCGAGUGGAUCAAAAUCGACUUCACCGAGACGACUUCGGAGUGGUUCAAAAAUGGCAGAGAAAAUUUUGGUUUCAUUAUAAAUACUACAGUUAAUGGUAAAAAGGUUUCAGUCAUGGAAAACCAGGAAAAAGUACCAUACGUCGAUAUAUCAACGACGGAAAGCAGAAGACGAGUUCGGAGGUCCAUGGGGUUAAAUUGCAACGAUUCGAUGCAAGAAUCGCUGUGUUGCCGAUACCCUCUGGUGGUGGAUUUCGUGCAGUUUGGUUGGGAUUUCGUUAUAGCGCCGAAAAAGUACGAGGCCAAUUAUUGCGGUGGCGAUUGUCCGUAUGUUACUUUGCAAAAAUAUCCGCAUACGCAUUUGAUGAAGAUGGCUUUUCCCAACUCGGCGCAGCCCUGCUGCGGGCCGAGGAAAAUGAGCGCCAUAUCCAUGUUGUAUUUCGAUGAGAGUUACAACGUGGUGUAUGGAAGUUUGACCGGUAUGGUCGUGGAUAGAUGUGGUUGCUCGUAAAGACAUUUAAGUGAUUGGACUACUAUUUAAAUUAUUUAUUUUGACAUUAACUGUGUAUAGUGACUUUUGUAUGCAUACGGCCCCUGGUGCCGCGGCUACCCUUAAGGGUUGGACUAAGAGUGUACAAAGUUUUUUGUAAAUAUUUUGUAAAAAGUAUGUGAUAUGCCUAGAUUUAAGUAUCUUUUUAUAUUUAUUAUGUUAUUUUUGUAUUUCAUCAAAAAUUUUAGUGAGACGAAAAAAUUAAAAAUUUAAAAUCAUUUUUUGUUUAAAAAUUGUGAUAACUGCCUUAAAUUUCGACUAGUUAAAUGU